CGUGUGCGGAGCAUUGGUGCAGUGCCGCGCGGACGUCCACUGAAAGCAAAUAAUUAAAGUGGAUAAAAAUUCAAUAAACACAAAGUUACAACGCUGCACAAGCUUGCAAAAAUCAUAGUAAAGGUGGAAAUAAGUACGUUGAACACAAUUUUUUUUACGUAAACCCAAAGAGCUUACUGUUGCGGUGCCGAUUUUUCACCAUUUCCUCGAGCAAAGUUUGUCUACACUAUUGUGCGAAAGUGGGGUAGAAGCAGUGCUGAAAUAACUUUAAGUGAAAAGUGCGUGUCAAAAGCCACUGAAGGCAGUUAGAAUUGUGUGGAAUAAUGCAAUUUUUCGUUUGCUGAUUUUAAUGAACGAAUGCAAAUGAAAAUUUGGGAUCGCCGAUAACCGCAUGAGAUGAUAAGUAUCCUGUGUUCUACAUUUAAAUUAUCCUGAGUGUGUGCCAUUUUUUGCUGCGCUCCCAAUACGAAUGUACAACUCUCGCCUCCCACAGCACUUGACGCUCUGAAACGGACUCUCUCACGCUGCUGCGGCUGCACUUGGCAAAAGAGAUAUAUUUUAUUAUACUGAAAUUAAAUCCUGCAAACACGAACGGGAAGUAGGUUGUCCCGUUCGCACAGCGCUGCAAUACAAGUGAAAUAACUGUGUAGAAAGUGCUGCAGAAUUGUAAUUAAAGCGUUUUUUUUCUAAAAGUAAUUAAAUAAAAUAGUAAAUUACAUACUUCAAUGCACCGUUAGCAAAGAGCAAAAAGCAUUUGCUUAUCUAACAACUAUCUUUAAUAGUUGUACGCAAGUUUUCCAACGCAGAAAUCGCCGAGUCGCUCGCUAAACGGGACAUUGCACCGCGUCUCAUCGCAACGCAACGCAUCGCAUCGCAGCACUUCGCGUGGCAGCGAACGCGCCGGAUUCGUGUUUGUGUAUGUGUGCGCACUUGUGUGCAGCAGGCACUUUCGCAGUUCGGAAUCGGGGUAAAAGGACCAAAUAUGAAUGCGAAAUGCUCUCGCAAGCCAUCUCGUGGUCACACAAAACCGUUGUACGAGGCAUAAGAAAAAGUCUCGCACUGCCACUCGGACGCAUUCCUUCGCUUCACACAUAGCAAAAUUCACAUCAAAAUUCAACAUUCCCCUCUCCCUGCUUAGUACAGCUAAACUAGUACAACAACAACAAGAAAAUCAAUUUAGUCAAGCGUUGGGAAAAUUUUUUCCAACGCCACAAAUUAAAAAGCAAAUUACGGAAAUUCAUCGAGGAAUUUCGCCUGCGAAAAGUGUGUGCAUAGUAAAUGUAGAACGCGCGUGUAUGUGUGUGUGCAUAUGUGUGAUUGUGUACUAAGGCUCCCUGAAGGGCCAUUAUCCAAGUGAAAAAGCAUUACGUACAGGUUCUUCUUUGCAAAAUCCAUUGCGAGCUCGUGUAGACGCGAGGAGAGCAAAGCGAAAGAAGCGAAAAGUGUGUACAAUAAAUUAAAGCACGAAUAAAGAAAAGUGAAGUGAUAGUAAGCAUUGCAAUUAUAUUGACCACCGAAUUACAACGAGAUUUUUUUCUACAACCGAAAAUACUAUUCCAACAUCACCCACAUCAGCGCUGUCACCAACAACAGCAACAUCGCAGCAUUGCAACAUCGCUAAACGCCGACGUCCAGGUCAUCGUCAUAGCUAGCGCCAUCGUCCAACGCUACUACUAGUCGUAGUAGUCAAAAGCACAGCAAAAACAACAUCGCAUCGGCUGAAAGUAUACGCAUCAGUCGGCCAGUGUGCGCCCACCCACAGUUGCUGUCGGCGACGACAUCGCGUUACAUACACGCGAAGUAAUUUGCCACCGAACGGUUUCGUAGUGACAGCAGCGGCUUUCUGCGCUGCCUUUGAAUGCCUUUCGGUGUCGCGCGUUGAAUUGAAUUAUUAUCCAACGCGCUGUUUUUUUCGAUUAAGCAUAGGCAUAUCAUCACCUGCGGCAUCGUGCCUAGGCAACGGCGCUCAUACUCACAUGUCAGACCGGUCACGGCUGCUCUAACGUAAUAACGUCUCAUAACGUCAUCGCUUACACACACACGUACGUAUAUACGCCGUACGCUGGCGUAACCACAUACAUACACGUACAUAUGUAUGUGUGCAUGUGCGUUUGUAAAUAAUCGUCGUCGUCAUUGUGUCAUCGUGCCAUCGCAAGUGUUGUUGUUGUCGUCGUACCCUUUACACUCGCAAUCGUGGCCCAUUCACUGCCGGAUAUGCGUUGCAGCAUCAACGGAAAUUAAACAAAUCAUAGCCGAAGUCGAGUUGGAAGUGGAAGUGGAAAUCCAAGCUGAAAUCAUCGGUGGAUCCAAGCAGCGGACGCACAAUUACAGCGCUGCAUAUUUGUAGCGUUCGUCAGUCAGUCGGCGCAUCGCACAUGAGUUCAUGAGUUUUUAAUAACGCAGCGGAAGUUUUUUGCACCGUUCAUUGUAGUCGUUUUUGUUUUAUGCGAUGAGCAAAUCGCUCAGCAAGGAAUGCCGCUGUUGCAUCGAGAGAACAGAUUCUGCACAAUUUUAGACAUAAUAAAUGUGAAAACCCAGACCUCGUGAGCAAUAAUAAAACAUCAACGAAGCAUACGUAUAGUUAUUUAAACGUCGCACCAAAAUACCGUUAUACAUUUACAAAGCAUCAGACAUGAAACUACAUAAAAGCAGUUAUUUCAUGCGAAUGAAAUGAAUCAUUCAAGCGCGAGAAUCCACAGCAGCACUUGGUCCCGUUCACAUGGUGGUCGUUUAUGCACCGCAAUUUCCAGCCGCUGCGAAAUUGUCACGUGUUUUAUUGUGACCAAUGGUGGAUGCCACAAUUGAGGCGUUAUCUCGCACAUCGUAAUGCAACAUUGGAGUGGAAUUGCCAAAACGUGCAAUAGAUACGUUGUGUCGCCACGCCCCCACUACCACUAGAUGCAGUGGAAGAAGAAGUUUACUCGAUUGAAAGCAGCUACAGGAAAUUCGCGUGCGCGAAGAAUGCUUUGUUGUGGACGAAGAAAGGAAAAUGGAAGAUCAGUUCCUGAUGUUACCGCCAGCCCUGGUCGUGCGCCUCCUGGUCCCUUGCCGGCGAACCAAAUGCAAUCGUUGGCCAAUCAGCAGCAGCAACAACAAUCGCAACAUCAUCAGCAACAACAACAACAUCAGCAGCAGCAACAACAGCGACCUGGUGGUAAGGAACCAGUCUUGCUGCAAGGUGACUUUCGCAAGGUGUCGGGUAUCAGUUCGGAGAUCUUUCGGCAGAUAGAAGCAGUCGAAAAUGAUCAUGAUCCGAAUACGGCAGCCGCGCUGGAGGCGGUGGAGAGAAGAGGUGAAAUGAUCGUGCGCAUUCUGGAGCCGCGUUGCAUCGGUGGAAAACAAGCCGUGGAGGCAGCUCACAAAUUGCUGUCCAAAGGAGACGCCCGACAUACAGUACAGCUUGUUGAGAUAGUGAAGCGUCCGGGCCAGACAUUGGGUUUAUACAUACGUGAGGGCAAUGGAGCUGACCGCACCGAUGGAGUUUUCAUCUCUCGAAUAGCAUUGGAAUCUGCAGUUUACAACAGCGGUUGUUUGAGGGUGGGUGAUGAAAUUUUGGCCGUUAAUUUGGUUGAUGUAACUCACAUGUCCUUGGAUGAUGUCGUAAUUAUAAUGUCAAUUCCGCGGAGACUGGUCUUGGCAAUACGCCAAAGACGUGACAGUCGCACUACCGGCUCGCCAGGACCACCAACGUUAUCACGGCCCGAACAAAAGCCACCGCCAGUUGUCGUAAUCAAACGUGAUCUCAGAGAUGAAGACUUAGAUGAGACAGAUCGCAUGCCAAGAUCCCGAUCAUCACGCGAAAGACGUACAGGAGAUGGACGUGAAAUGACCGAGUCUCGCUCUCGUCUCGGCUUGGGUCUCAACAACUAUAGCCCGCAAUCCGAGCAAUUGGACAUGUAUUACAAUACACGCACCGGUGUGAGUGCGAUGAAUGAGCCACCCAGUUGGGGUUACAAACCACCGCCACCACCUUCGGUGAUAACGGAACAGCCUAAAGGUCAUGCUUUUGCUCCUUCGCAUGCGUACUAUCAAAAUGCUGGCACCCUGGAGAGUUUAGCUGAGAAAGUGCACGCAUUCUAUCCCAGUGGCCCUUCCCGUCGUAUGUCUACUGGUACUGGUGUUGGUUUAGCGCAACAGCAUGCACGCUUUCCGCGAUCUGGAUCAGAUCAACAUUUACCACGUGUGGAAUAUGCAGAUUAUUCAAAUUCUUUAGGUCGUCAUUCUUUAUUACGGUCCAGCUUGAAACCAGGUACGGGAGCUGCACCCAUCGCGGUAGGUGGCACUCUGGGCCGUUAUGGCCGUUACGAACCACCGCGUCAAUCCUCCAAGUAUGCACCGCCAAAUAUAGGAGCUCAGUCGCUAACACGGCGUUCGCGGCCAAAUCUUGAUUAUUCCAGCGACACAGAGGCAACUAUAGGACCACGGCCAAGCUAUUAUUACUACAACCGACCUGCUGUGGGUAGCAUGCCACGCGGCGCCGGUGGAGCAGGUGUCGGUGGAGCCGGCAUGCUUGGGGGUGGGCCAGAUAUGGCUAAAUUUAAUUCACUGCCACGCGAACGUCCGGGUGUGCGUCUACAAGGUAUACGCUCACGCAUCGGCGAUCGUAUAAUGGAUGAAAGUGACGGUAACAUAUCGGCACCGGAAUUCAAUGCACGUCGAGAUCGCGAUCUGAGAUCGCGUAUAACGGCGAGUCCUUCAAUUUUCACUUCGGACGAGUACCGAGCGUGGUUGAGGCGCGCACCCAGCAGUUCAGCUAUAGCGGAGCAAAUGCGCAUGACGAGGGAUCUGCUUAGUCAGCCACGAUCACAUCGGUUUUCGUGCAGCGCUGAAAAUAUACACGAUGCGUUGAAAAAUACCGAAAGCAUUUACUCCAGUCGAACGGGCAUACUCGGAACUGGUACACUAGAUCGUCACUUAGGCAUGCCGCGUCCAAUUUCAGCAUUACCAGUCCGCUCGAUGUCAUCACAACACAUUGGAGGACCAUCAUCGAUACGUUCGCCAAGCAUACGUCGUAUGCGGCAACUACUCGAGCUGUCCGCUGGUCCGGCUAGUCCAAGUGGCAGUAUUAUGAGUACCGGCGGUCAUCAAAGUCCGGCGCCGACGCCCAGCGCCACACUACCCAGAACGCACAGACAAAUUGAUAUUAAUCCAGCGGAGUUUGCCAAGUACAAACUCGACAAACCGAUAGUCGAUAUUGGCGGUAUAUCGGGCAUGUUGUGGAUUCAUUUGCUUGCGGGCCGUGGCUUACGUUCGGCACCCGAACUAAGCGCACAGCACGUUGGUGGGCCACAUCAUGCUGCCCAAACACAGACACGUGAUCUAUAUUGUGUAAUUGAAUGUGAUCGUGUGCAUAAGGCACGCACAGUAGUGCGAUCCGGUGAUCUACAAUUCGACUGGGACGAGUCUUUCGAGUUGGACUUGGUGGGCAAUAAGCAACUGGAUGUAUUAGUUUACUCUUGGGAUCCGCAACAUCGGCACAAGUUGUGCUAUCGUGGUGCCAUUUCCUUGUCCAUACUGCGACAAUCACCGCUACACCAGUUAGCGUUAAAGGUGGAACCACGUGGCACUAUUUACAUACGUAUGCGGCAUACAGAUCCCAUAACGUUAUAUCGACGACGCGGCCUACCUAGCUUAAGAGCCGGCUAUCCCAUAUUAUUCGGCGCCGAUUUGGAAACGGUGGUGAAUCGUGAGUCUAAAGGCGCUCCCGGUAGUGCUCCUGUGCCAAUUGUGUUACGACGUUGCGUCGAGGAAGUGGAGCGGCGUGGCUUGGAUAUUAUUGGUCUGUACCGCUUGUGUGGCUCAGCAACGAAAAAGCGUCUGCUGCGAGAAGCCUUCGAGCGUAAUAGUCGAGCCGUGGAAUUGAGCCCUGAACAUGUUCCUGAUAUUAAUGUUAUAACUGGGGUGCUGAAGGACUACCUAAGAGAGUUGCCGGAGCCACUGUUUACGCGUUGUCUUUUCCAGAUGACUGUCGAUGCUUUGGCUGUUUGCCUGCCCGACGACCCCGAGGGCAAUGCGAAACUAAUGCUCAGCAUACUUGAUUGCUUGCCUCGUGCAAAUAGGGCAACUUUAGUAUUCCUGCUCGAUCACUUGUCGCUCGUCGUCUCCAAUUCGGAACGCAAUAAGAUGUCAGCUCAAGCUUUGGCCACCGUUAUGGGACCACCAUUGAUGCUACACGCCGCUAACGCUCAACCCGGUUCGGAUAUCGACCACGCCCAACCAAUUGCCGUGCUGAAAUAUCUGCUGCAGAUUUGGCCGCAGCCGCAGGCACAGCACCACCAAGCGCCCGGCGGCGGUCUCGUUAGCGCGACCGGCAUGAUGGGCAGCAUGGUUGGUGCGGGCGGUGCUCUGGCGGGCGCGGGCAGCAUGAGCAACAUGGCUGGCGGUGUUUCAGGUCGGCGCGGCGAGUCAACAGGGCAGCGUGGAAGCAAAGUCAGUGCGUUGCAAGCGGACAGACAACUUCUACUGCAGCAGCAGGCGCAGCUCAUGGCGGCGGGCAAUCUUCUACGCUCGUCCACUUCGGUAACCAACAUACUCUCACAAGGCCAUCAUCCGCUCUCAGCCACAGUCAACAGUCAUCUGUAUCAAUCAGUAGUGGGUCAGUUAGCUCAAUCGCCUCGAGCCUUGCAACAAGCGGUGCAACAGCCCCAUCAAUUGGCGGGCUCAGCGGCCUCAGCAAUUCUCGACCAAUCGCCACUGCCACUUCCAGGCACACCCUCCCCCGGCAGUAGUUCGGCAUCGACCGGUUCCGGCUCGGGAUCCGGUAAAAGUACUGAUACAAUAAAACGUGGUGCGUCGCCCUCCUCGGUCAAACAUGUGAAAAUACAAGAAUCCGCCAGUACGUAUUCCAUGACGCAGAAAAAACUCACAAAAGACUCGCCAAUCGAUGACACUUCAUUUCCGUUAACCAGUGCCGAAGCAGCAGCAUCAACAGCGCCAACAAGAAAAGGUGUCGAAUUUUACGAACCGCACAAACCUCAUACGAAGAGUGACGAGAUCAGCAGUUACUCGAAAUAUGGCGAGUUGGGCGCAAAAACACGCACAUCCUACGGCGACACGAGCACUUAUGGUACGGGUGCUGGCAUUGGCGCAAGUAAAACGGCACUUUCGAGUCUCUCCACUGAAGAUUACAAAGCGAUGCGUAAUAAAUCGAGCGCCACAUCAUCAUCCUCCUCAUCACAAGCGACGGUUUUGAGUGCGGCAGGUUCCACUGCCACCUCAGCCCCGACCACAUCGUCGGAUGACUCGGAUGACCUUAUAUCAUAUAAGUCCUCAGCAUCAACGAACGCAUUGUUGGCACAAUCGCAAGCAAUGACCACAUCCCAGCUCAUGUCUAAGUAUCUUAAGCGGGAGCCGCGCGUACAGUUUACGCCAAUUAAAUCACCUGAUUCACCAUCGCCACCGGGUAGUGAUGGUCUGCCUAAAGGCGUUUACCACCUAACGACAUCGAACAGUAAAACGCCCGCUUCUACGGGCGCCAUUAGUAAACAUUCCGCGCCGAGUUCGAGCGAUCCCAAUGGCAGCAGCAAUCAUAAGGGCUCAUCACCGUCUAGGCAAGUCAGCGGCAAGGAAGCAUCAUCAUCAUUAUCAACGUCACUGGUGUCGACUGGUAGGCGACUAUUCGACAGUUUGGCAUCAUCAGAAGCCGAGGCACGACCUCAAGGGGGGGCCAGCAGCACAACAACAACAGCAGCAACGUCUGCAACAUAUAACGAUAGUAAAAGUGUAGCAAGUAGUCACAUUAGCAAUAAGCAACAAAGUUCAGAACACAGAAGUUAUGGUAGUAGUCUGUUUGGUAGUAGCGCGCAGGCUGGCACAAGUCCAUUCGCCACGGCCAACGGCAAUGGUAAUGGCGGCGGCAGCUCAGCGUCCAACGGCACUCACAAUGCCAUGCACUUGUACGGCACGUUGCCCAAAAAUGGUCCGGCGGCCAAUGCAACAGGUAACGGUUCCUCUGGCGGCGCUGGUGGCAUGUACGGUUCCACCACAUCCGCCUCAUACUAUUCGACAUCGUCAUCGUCGGGUGCGCACACAGCCAGUAGUAGCGGUGUGAGCUCAAUGACCGGUUCCACCACCAGCUACGACUACUACACGCCCGGUUCGGCUUCGUAUACGUCGGCGGCUAGCACGCGCUCUUACGGUAAUGGCGGUGGCAAUGGGGGCGGUGGUAAUUACCACACUUUGGGUACAUACAGGGUGCAGUAUGCCGCCACUAAUCCCUUUUUGGAAGCAUUCGAUGCGCCUGGCAAUGGUGGCGGCGCUGGUAACGGGGGCAACGGCGCGGGCAAUGGUAAUCGCAGUAGUAGCAAUAAUGGUGGUAAUGGACAGCAGCAGGGUAAUGGUAAUAGCGGUAGUAGUAGUCACAAUCGAACAUCGCUCUUGGCUGCCUUACAUGGUAGCGACUCGAAGAACGGCAGUGAUGAGUUUGACGAUCUGAAGUGAAAGCUUAAACGAAAUAACGAAGUGUGGGCGCACGAUUUUCAUACAGCAUGGCUUGGUGUGCUUAAAAGCGGUUGAAUUUAUAGCUUUUUAGGACAAUGAAGCAUUAUUUUGAUAUGAAAUUUAAACCGUUUUUUGAGUUUUUUCACAUUUUAGUUUCGAAAUUUACUUUCAAAACCAAGGAAAUUUUUUCUGUGGACAUUUUGGUGUGAGCAAGUGCGAAAUUGUUCUUGUUCACAGUGCUUGUUUUCUUCGAAGCGUAAUUAAGAAGUAGAGUAAAGUAAAGAAAGUAGAAAAAGUGAAAGAGAAAGCUUACAUAUUCAUUUCGAUUAGAUUUUGAAAUAGAUUUGUAUCUGUUGUUUGACUGACGGUUUCUAACUGACUAGUUGACUGUUGGGUCCUUAAAAAUGUCAAAUAAGCUGACAGCUGACAGUUGGUGAUCUUCCAAACGUAGAAAAGCUGACAAUUGAUAGUUUAAGGGGUUUUAUUUCUACAGG